CGGGCGGCGGCGGCUCAUGCCUGGCCUGUCCCCGCGCCGGGCGGGCACCGUGACUCGGCUGGGCCCCCAGCGGCGGGCGAUGUGAAGAUGUCAGUGGGCUGUGCCUGUCCUGGUUGUUCCUCAAAGUCAUUCAAGCUGUACUCACCGAAGGAGCCCCCGAACGGCAACGCCUUCCCUCCUUUCCAUCCCGGCACCAUGCUAGAUCGGGAUGUGGGCCCAACUCCCAUGUACCCGCCUACGUACCUGGAGCCUGGGAUUGGGAGGCACACACCAUAUGGCAACCAAACUGACUACAGAAUAUUUGAGCUUAACAAACGGCUUCAAAACUGGACAGAGGAGUGUGACAAUCUCUGGUGGGAUGCUUUCACAACUGAGUUCUUUGAGGAUGAUGCCAUGUUAACCAUCACUUUCUGCCUGGAGGAUGGACCAAAGAGAUAUACCAUUGGCCGGACCUUGAUCCCACGCUACUUCCGCAGCAUCUUUGAAGGGGGUGCUACGGAGCUGUACUAUGUGCUUAAGCAUCCCAAGGAGGCAUUCCACAGCAACUUUGUGUCUCUCGACUGUGACCAAGGCAGCAUGGUGACCCAGCACGGCAAACCCAUGUUCACCCAGGUGUGUGUGGAGGGCCGGUUGUACCUAGAGUUCAUGUUUGAUGACAUGAUGCGGAUAAAGACGUGGCACUUCAGCAUCCGGCAGCACCGAGAGCUCAUCCCCCGCAGCAUCCUUGCCAUGCAUGUGAGUUGUGGGCAGGACCCAAGCUGCAGGGGUUGA